UCAUGUCCGGUUCCUUGAGGAGGCAACUCAGGCAAGACAUUUUUUAUCGAGAGGAUUUCUUGCAGUCCUGUUUUUCUGUUUUUGAUGUGUGAACUUGAAUUGUGAUCAAAUGAUUUUCUUAACUUUUUAGGUAUGAGACUGUGUAACAGCAUCAUUUCGGGUUGAUCUACAGUUGUAUUGCUGCAGUUGUUAGUUUUGUAUAAACACUGGACUGAUUUUGCAUCACGGAUACAUUCCAAACAGCAGUGAUCACGAAAAUUUGAUUCCACGCAUGUUUUCAAUUUGAUCCUUUUGGACCGCGCUGGAGGAAGAUUUUUUAUUUGAAGCUGUAGUUCGUUUGCGGAAAUUGAAAUUAUGGAUUUCAAGUCAUGGUUAUCACAGUGGAACGUCUGCAGGGUUUAUGUUUUUCUUUCUUGCUAUCUUCUCGCCGUAUCCGCCGUGGAACUCACCUUCGAACUACAGGAUCGUGAUACGCAGUGCUUUUUUGAAGAUAUUAAGAAAGGCGAACAGAGCACAGUGGAAUUUCAGGUUGUUACCGGCGGCCACUACGAUAUCGACUGCACCAUAACCGAUCCGAAUCAUAAAGAACUGUACAAAGGCGUCAAGAAAGAGUACGAUUCGCAUCAAUUUACGGCGGAAGUGGAUGGCCCCCAUCAAGUGUGCUUCGGCAACGAGUUCAGCACCUUCUCGCACAAACUGGUGUACAUGGACUGGUAUGUGGGCGAUGAGCAUCCCUUCCGCAAUCCCAUGAAAAAGGAUACCGUUCUCACACAGCUGGAAACAUCGGCUGAAGUCAUCCAAAAUAAUCUCCGCGACGUGGAAGAUGCCCUCACUCAUCGCCGACUACGGGAAGCCCAGGACCGGAAGUUCGCUGAGGACCUGAACGAAUCGACCAACUGGUGGUCCGUAGGACAGUCUCUUUUCAUGGUAUUUGUUGGACUGGGCCAAAUCUGGGUACUCAGGAGUUUUUUUACGGAUAAAACCCGCACUCACGCUUAGAACAGUCAGUUUUUUCUCGUUGUGUACGUGGUCGAAGAUCUGUGGUAUUUUCCGUUGUAUUUGCCAUUUUACGAAGAAAGGAUGUUUUCCCGGGUGUGCUUGCGUUUUUAGAGCGAUUUUUGAAUUAAUGAUUUAAUUUAAAUACAUAUUAAUUCGUUUUACUGCUGAAAGUUGGAACGUUCGUAUCCAGAUAAAAAGAAAGCUUUG